AUGAUGGCGAGCCAAUCCGUGUUCCUUGGCACUCGACCAGCCACGCGCUCCCCUCUGCCGAUUGGGAGAGCUGGGCAUGGAUCAGCAGGAAGGCGAGCACUGCGGGUCAGGGCGAUAAUCAAAAGCGACAAUCCAGCUGCAGAUAAGUAUGACUUCAUCCUGGUCGGCGGCGGCACAGCAGGCUGCGUGCUGGCCAACAGGCUGACAGCAGAUGGAUCCAAGAAGGUCCUGCUGCUCGAGGCGGGAGGCGCCAACAAGGCGCGGGAGGUACGCACACCGGCCGGGCUGCCGCGCCUGUUCAAGAGCGCCCUCGACUGGAACCUCUACUCCUCCCUGCAGCAGGCAGCCAGCGACAGAUCGAUCUACCUGGCACGGGGAAAGCUUCUGGGUGGCAGCUCCGCAACUAAUGCCACGCUGUACCACCGGGGGACUGCGGCAGACUACGACGCGUGGGGUGUGCCGGGGUGGACCUCCCAGGACGCCCUGCGCUGGUUUAUUCAGGCAGAGAACAACUGCAGAGGGAUUGAGGACGGGGUGCAUGGGACCGGGGGAUUGAUGCGCGUGGAGAACCCUCGCUACAACAACCCCCUGCACGAGGUCUUUUUCCAGGCGGCCAAGCAGGCCGGCCUCCCAGAGAACGACAACUUUAACAACUGGGGCAGAUCACAGGCGGGGUACGGGGAGUUCCAGGUGACUCACAGCAAGGGUGAGCGCGCCGACUGCUUCCGGAUGUACCUGGAGCCAGUCAUGGGGCGUUCCAACCUCACAGUGCUCACCGGAGCCAAAACGCUCAAAAUCGAAACUGAAAAGUCCGGCGGCGCCACGGUCUCGCGCGGCGUCACCUUCCAGGUCAACGGCCAGGACGGCAGCAAGCACUCAGCUGAGCUGGCGGCUGGCGGCGAGGUGGUGCUGUGCGCGGGGUCAAUCCACUCGCCCCAGAUCCUGCAGCUCUCCGGCAUCGGCCCCCAGGCGGAGCUGCGCUCCAAGGACAUCCCUGUCGUCGCAGACCUGCCCGGCGUCGGCCAGAAUAUGCAGGACCACCCGGCGUGCCUGUCAGCCUUCUACCUCAAAGAGAGCGCGGGUCCCAUCAGUGUGACUGAUGAGUUGCUGCACACCAAUGGCCGAAUCCGCGCGCGCGCAAUCCUAAAGUACCUGCUCUUCAAAAAGGGGCCCCUCGCCACCACAGGAUGCGACCACGGCGCCUUUGUGAAGACUGCAGGUCAGAGUGAGCCGGACCUGCAGAUCCGCUUUGUGCCGGGUCUGGCGCUUGACCCUGACGGCAUCGGAUCCUACACGGCCUUUGGCAAGAUGAAGGACCAGAAGUGGCCCUCCGGAAUCACCUUCCAGCUGCUCGGAGUGCGGCCCAAGAGCCGCGGGUCGGUGGGUCUUCGCAGCGACGACCCCUGGGACGCGCCAAAACUGGACAUCGGCUUCCUGACUGACAAGGAGGGCGCUGACCUGGCCACGCUGAGGAGCGGCAUCAAGCUCUCGCGCGAGAUCGCAGCGGAGCCGGCAUUCGGAGCAUAUGUAGGCAACGAACUUCACCCGGGCGCAGCCGCCUCGUCCGAUUCUGCGAUCGACUCAUUCAUCCGUGACACGGUGCACUCGGGCAAUGCCAACGUGGGCACAUGCUCGAUGGGGGUGAAUGGGAACGCCGUCGUGGACCCGUCACUCAGAGUGUUCGGCAUCCGCGGCCUGCGAGUGGCCGACGCAUCAGUCAUCCCCGUCAUCCCAGGAGGCCAGACCGGCGCUGCAACGGUGAUGGUGGCAGAGAGGGCCGCGGAGAUUCUCCUCGGCUCGAACCAGAAGCAGCCGGCCGCCGCCGUCCCCGCCGCGCAGCCGGCCCUGGCUUGA